AUGCCCGAUCUCUCCAAUGGAACCGCCACCUCCGUACUGCAAGAGAACCCUACCAAUCCAGCCCACGUGCAACACAUUUGGGUAGUCACCGGCCCAGCAGGCUGCGGCAAGAGCACCGUCGGCAAUGUCCUGCGCAAUGAACUCGGGGUUCCCUUUUUGGAAGGCGACGACUACCACCCAGCCGCCAAUAAAGAGAAAAUGGGCGAAGGAACCCCCCUCACAGACGCAGACCGCUGGGACUGGUUGAUCUCCCUCCGACAAGCCGCCAUCGACGCCCUCUCCCCCUCGGAAAGCAACAAAUUCCACCCACCGGCCGGAGUCGUCGUCGCCUGCUCCGCUCUGAAGCGGAAGUACCGGGACGUCAUGCGCGUCGCUGCCUACGGCUCUUCCUCCGUCCGCAUCCACUUCGUCUACCUCAAGCUCGACGAGGAUGUCCUCCUGCAGCGCGUCACCCAGCGCCAAUCCCACUACAUGAAGAGCAGCAUGGUCCAGUCGCAAUUGGCUGCGCUGGAAGAGCCCAAGGGCGAGUGGGAUGCUAUGACGAUCAACGUUCAGGGCUCCAUGGAAGAUGUCCAGCGCAAUGUCAUCGAGGCCGUGACGGAGAAGCUGGCGGAGUAUGUGUGA